AUGAGUGUGGGCAGAAAAUCAGAUAUAUUUAGCAAAUUAAUUAACCAUGGGAAUAUAGAAAAUUUCGAUAACUUGGGGGAAGACGAACAGGAGGAGAAAGAAAAAGGAAAAGAAGCAGAAGAAAAAGGAAAAGAAAAAGAAAAUGAAGAAGAAGAAAAAGAGGCGAAGAAGCCGCAGGAGCAGGCACAGCCUGAGCAAUCCGAUCAACAAAGUGGCCACAAGUCGCUGAGGGAAGAAGGGUCGAAGUCAGAUAGUAGAGAGAAGGAAGGAACACAGAGCAAUCUGAGUGAACCCCCCCCUGGAGGUGAGUCUCCACAAGAAGGGGGUGAUAAUCUAGAACAUGGCAUCGAAGUGGUAGCAGGAAAGGGGGACGACAAAUCGAAAGGGCAAGAAAGAGAGAAAGAGAAAAAUUUAAUGGGUAGCAAAAAGGAAGGGGAAAAAACGGAAAAGUCGAAUGAAGAAGGAAGCCCGAAGGGUGAUUCUCUCCAGGGUGGUGAUGCGGAAGAAGGUAGUGCCUUGAGUGCUGCCGGGAAGGCGGAAGAAGAGGAGGGGGAAGAAGAGGAGGGGGAAGAAGCGGAGGGGGAAGAAGAGGAGGGGGAAGAAGAGGAGGGGGAAGAAGAGGAGGAUAAAAAUAACCAGGGGAAUAAAUACCAACUUAAUGAAGGAGAAAACGUGGCACAAGAAGACAUCAAAACACAAAAAUUUGACCACUACACAAUCGUCACAAACUCGAACGAUGUCCUUAACGAUAUCAGAGUUGACGCAUCAGAUAUUUCCAAGCUGAGCAUUGAAAGCAUAAACAUACCUUACAGCGAAGAGAAUAAAACUGUGUUCACGCACCAGAGACACAUAGUCCUAACGAACAAGGGAAAUAAAAAAUACAGAAUCGUUUUGAUGACAAAGAAUCCGAAGUUUACCGAAUUGGAGGAUGAACCGAAUGAAGGAGCUGCGACCAAUACAUUCAUUGAGAGGGAGAGGAUGGAAAAGAAAAAGACACCAAACGGUGAGGGUGAACACGAUAACGACAGAACGAAUUUGUAUGGGGGUAAGGGGACACUCGAUUUUGGUAAGGCUUAUCACAGCAACAGGAAGGGAAGCGGCCGAGAGAUGGGAACCCCCAGCGGGACGAGAAAUCCCAAUGUGGAGAUGCACACCGCUGGUGGUACCGGUGAGGGUGGCAUACGGGGAACGAUAAACCGGCUGUUCAGCUUUCUAUCCUUCAAGGUAAAUCGAGAUGAGCCUGUUAGUGGGACGGGCGAAUCGAAGGACGGUGGCGGAAGGGAUGGCGGCGAUGGGGGCAAAAAAGGAAACGAUAACGGCGGAGACGACCGCAGUGAGCGCAGUGAUCGCAGUGAUCGCAGUGACCACAGUGACCGCAGUGACCGCCCACCCCGGGAUGACCGUACGCACGACUUGUACGAAAUUUUGAGUGCCGACAAGCUGGUGGACCAGUACCUGCUAAACCUGAAAAACGACGCCCUCGACAAGCAAGAGCUAAUAUUCGUCCUGAGAGGAGACUUGGAUUUGCACUCGGCGUACAUGAAAAGGGUUAUCAAAAGAAGCAACGCGAAAUUUGAGCAGCACAUAAAGAAAAACUUCCAGCAAGUGGACAGAAUAGUGUAUGACGUCUCGUCUCCGAUCAACUUUCUGUGUUUUUUUGUGCCAACCGUUUUUGACAUGAGCAACUUUCACUUGUUGAAGGAGGCGCUCUUGGUGUUGCAAAGGGAGCUGGAGAGGUACAUGGAGAACUGGAGCUUCUCCAAUACGUACGUGACGUUGGACGCGCCGCACGUGGGGGGUGGCGAGAGUGGCGCCCCGGCGGAUGGGAGAAAUGAUAGUCACAAAGGAGCACACGCGGACAUCCACAAAGAUGCACACGUGGACAGCCGCGCAGAUGCACAUGUGGACAACCGCGCAGAUGGCCCCACCAACAGGAAGGCCAGAAAAUUCGUCAAGAAGAAAAAAAAACUGUACAAUGGGAAGUACUCCUUUCUACGCAAAUUCUGGAGCUUCGACUCAAUAAUUGCAUUCGCUAGAAGAAUGAACAAAAAAAAUAUGGACAUCGAAAAGGAAAUUUUAAAUUUCUUACCCAAGGAAUUGAGAGAGUAUUCAACGUGGAAUCUGUCAGUUAUCCGAGUAUUUAAUGCAUGGUUUUUAGCAGGCUAUGGGAACAAAAAUGUCAAAGUGUGCGUAAUAGACUCAGGGGUGGAUAAGAAUCAUAUCGACUUAAUGAAAAAUGUGUACAUUCCGGAAUAUUCAGAACAAUACGAAAUGACGGAAGAUUUUUACGAUUUUAUGGUGAAGAAUCCAACAGACUCUUCUGGACAUGGGACACAUGUCACAGGAAUAGUCGGUGGAAUAGCCAAUGAUUUAGGUAUGGUUGGUGUGGCUCCCAAUGUUACUUUAAUAUCGUUAAGGUUUAUCGAUGGAGUGAAAUAUGGAGGAAGUUUUCACGCCAUUAAAGCUAUUAAUGUUUGCAUUUUAAAUAAAGCACCUAUCAUCAAUGCCAGUUGGGGGUCUAGCAAAUACGACGCCAAUAUUUACCUUGCUGUGGAAAGGCUGAAAUACACCUUCAACGGGAAGGGCACUGUGCUGGUCACAGCCGCGGGUAAUGAGAGCAAGAACAACGACGAGCACCCCUUGUACCCCUCCAGUUUUAAGUUGCCCCACGUGUACAGCGUCGCCUCCAUCAGCAAGAACUUCGAAAUUUCUCCCUUCUCAAACUACGGAGCGAAGAGCGUACACAUCAUGGCCCCCGGUCAUCACAUAUACUCCACGACACCAAACAAUUCGUACAAAAUAAACACGGGGACCUCGAUGGCGGCCCCUCAUGUGUGCGGAGUGAAUGCCUUAAUAUACUCAGUGUGUUACAACCAAGGGUUUAUCCCCCCCGCAGAAGAAGUGUUAGAUAUAGUGACAAGGACAUCUAUCAAGGUCAUCUCGAGAAGUAGAAAAACAAUCAAUGACAGUUUGGUAAAUGCAGAAGCAGCUGUUCUGACAACACUGUUAGGAGGACUGUGGAUGCAAAUGGAUUGCCAUUUUGUAAAGUUCAAUUUGGAAGGAGGAAAAAAAAAACACAUCCCUGUUGUAUUUUCAGCAUAUAAAAAAGGAAUAUACGAAACAGAUAUAGUUAUGGCAGUCAUACCUACGGACGAAAACUCCAAAGUCUAUGGGGAAAUUUUGAUACCUAUUCGAAUAGUGACAGACCCGAAAGCGGAAAAUUUUAAGGAGUCCCCUCGAAAUGGGAAAAAAAUGAUAAUCGAUGAGAAUGAGGCAAGUCAUGAUGAAGUGCUCUCCUACAUUUGUGAAAAUGCAUUAUACAAUUUGUACGAGGUGGAUAGUUAUUCGCUAGUCAUUUCCUUAGUGCUACUUUUUGUGGCGUUCAUUUUGAUAAUCCUCGGAACUGUUGUGUUUAUCAAGAGAAAGCGCCACAGCAAAUACUGCGACGAUGAAGACCAUUACCACAAUAUUAUGAGGAACAGUGUCAUCGAGCACCACCACAUUUUAGGUGGUAGCACAAACCUCGCACUCGAAAUGGCCAAACGUUCGCAUGUAGAAAAAGUAAGAAACAACACCCGAUUCAGCCUUGUGAUGGGGAAACAAAACGCUUGUGUGUUCAAGGAAAGGGCGCACAAAACGUCAAAUUUUGAGAAUUACAGAAACUUAUAA